AAGAGAGUCCCACCCGUUUCUCUCCUUAAUCAGCACCGCCUCGCCAAACAAAACGGAUCCUUAUCUAGUCAGGAUCCUCAGUGUGUUGGAGAGAGGCUGCUGCAUUGCUCCCAGUUCCUAUUACCCUGACUGUCUCCCAAAGCAGGCGGCUGGAAUUCACUCUCCAGGUGGGCUUCUGUCAAUAUAUUCUCUCCACCCCCACCACCUCCCCGAACACAUUUCCCCCGCCCCUGCCCACACCCCUCAGCACCGCCCACCGCCGCCGUCAGCCGCCCUGGGUAUAAAACCUGGCACUGGGGGCAUGAAGCGGCGAGACAGUGGCUGGAGUACCCGGGAGAGGCUCACACACAGAGAGACAGAGAAACAGGACGGAGCUCUCCCCAUGACUGCACCUUCUGUCCACGGUAUGGGGCACCUGAGUUUGCUGCUUUACCUGGUUGUGUUCUCUUGGCUGUCUGUCACCGCCUCAGUCAGCCUGGACCUCACCGAACUCAGGAACAAAGUUUCCAAGAUCAAAGUCAACCCGAGGGGGAAUCUGUGGGCGACAGGUCACUUUAUGGGCAAGAAAAGCCUCUUUGACUAUCCAGAGGGAUACAAUUCAUCCCCGGCGAGGCUCCCCCUGGAUCUCUCUGAUGCUGCCAGGGAUUUGCAAAAUCUGUUCAUUUGGAAGAUGCUGGACCAUGGUCUGCCCCAGGAGCAAGAAGGAAGCCAGCUCACAUCCAACACUGUCACUGAGGGUACGGGGUUAAUAAUGAAGAUUAUUGAGAGAUAUGUGAAAAAUAGUGAGAAGUGACAAACAUCCUGAACUCUUGUAAGGAAAAUCAGUAUUUGCAAAUGUGAGCGAGAUGGUCUGUGUUUGGAAUGCAGGAGUGGUGAAUGUGGGCAUUUUAUUGUAACAAUGAUGUGUUCUAGUCUCCUGUAUUUUAUGUACUGUUAAUUGUACAUUGUCUUAUUGGUAUAUUAAAGAGGCAGCAAGGACUAUUCUA